AUGCCCACCCGGGACCCGAAGUCCCUCCCCAAGCGGCGCCAACCGAACAGCAUCCUGGGCCUUGUUCAAAGGAGCUUCAUUAUCCCACGUCGGCAGCACCACCAGGAUGGGCUUCACGCUUCAAUGGACCCUCGACACGGGACGGGAAAACGGAAGAGUCAGCAGCGUGCGGGCGGUGAUCUUGUUGGGGAAAUAUGCGUCCGAGUCCAUGGUAAGUCUAUGCCAUCCCUCCACGACCUCUGA